GUGAGGAGAGAGCAGGAGGAGGAGGAAGAGGAGGAGGGGAAGAGAUAAGUGAUCUAAAGGGGAGACGAUAGGACAAAAAAGUGAUGAUGAUGAAUACAUUGGAAAGUUUUUUGGCCCCGGCGAGGGUGUCAGAUUGAAUGGCCUGUGCGCAUGUGCGAAGGUGUCCAAACUGACAAUGCUGGUGAGAUGAAGAUAGUGUUGUUGCUGCUUCUGGGCUCACGGAGGACGACGAGAGGAAUCUACAAGCCGACAAGAUGAGAUCCAAGGCGAGGGCUAGAAAACUGGCCAAAAAUGACAGCGAGCCAGUGGACAGCAUGUACGACACAGAGGCCGACCUCCCGGGUUUAGCGGGCGGAGGUGGUACCGACAGCCCAGAAGACGACGCAGAAGACGGCGUCAUCAACAUGUCCCCCCUGCCCUCACCAACUCCUUCCCAUCCAAACAAUAACAACCACCACCACCUGCUGCACCCCCACAUCUACGCCACCCACCACCACCACCAUCUUCACAACAACAACAGCAGCAGCAAUGACCAGGACUUCACCACACCCAAGGAGGGCUCGCCCUACGAGGCGCCUGUCUACAUUCCCGAUGACAUUCCCAUUCCCAGCGAACUGGAGCUGCGGGAGUCUUCUGUUCCUGGUGCCGGCCUGGGCGUUUGGGCCAAGACCUGCAUUGGUGCUGGCGAGAGGUUUGGUCUGCACAGCACGCUGCAUCACGAGGCCACGGGCAAAGACAGCUCCUUCGGAUGGGAGCAGAUGAUGAAUGACCAUGAUGAAGCCUCCCCUGAUAGCUGCAUCAAAAAGGUGGUGGACAACAUGGGCAACGUCAAGUUUGCGCUGGAUACAGGCCCGGAUGCCACCAGCAACAGCUGGCUCAAAUACGUCCGCUCUGCCCUGUCAUUUGAGGAUCAGAACCUCGCCGCCUGUCACCUCACCGGAGACCAGAUUUAUUAUAAAGCUGUCCGGGACAUUGACGCAGGGGAGGAGCUCUUAGUGUAUAUGAAGGACGGAAUUUUCCCCGAGGGAUCCAUGGCACCCAACCUACAAGAUGAGCAGAUGUACCGCUGUGAGGACUGUGAUGAGCUGUUCUCCUCAACACUUGAGCUGCGGCGGCACCAGAAGUACUCGUGCUCCAGUUCCGGCUCCAUCUUUGACACACUGAGAGAGGACUUCAAACAGGAACGCGAGGACAGCGACGAGCCUGUCCACGAGUGUAAAGACUGUGAGAAGAUCUUCCCAAAUGAGUACAGUCUGGGCCAACACAUGAUAGUCCAUACAGAGGAGAGGGAGUACAAGUGUGACCAGUGCCCCAAAGCCUUCAACUGGAAGUCCAACCUCAUCCGUCACCAGAUGUCACAUGACAGUGGCAAGCGCUUUGAGUGUGAAAACUGUGAUAAGGUACAGCAUACCCGGCACGUGUUCACAGAUCCCAGCAACCUUCAGCGCCACAUCCGCUCCCAGCACGUGGGGGCGCGCGCUCAUACAUGUCCUGAGUGUGGCAAGACCUUUGCCACCUCGUCAGGCCUCAAACAGCAUAAGCACAUCCACAGCAGUGUCAAACCCUUUAUCUGCCCUGAUGGGCUGCGUCUUUUUGUUCCCCCAGGCGAGGUGUGCCACAAGUCCUAUACCCAGUUCUCCAAUCUCUGCCGCCACAAGCGUAUGCAUGCUGACUGCCGCACCCAGAUCAAGUGUAAGGACUGUGGGCAGUUGUUCAGCACUACCUCCUCCCUCAACAAGCAUCGCCGCUUCUGUGAAGGCAAAAACCAUUAUGGCUCACCGGCAGGGAUGUUCAACCCUGGCAUCCCCAUGAGCUCCAGCCCCAUCAUGGCCAAGGCCAAGUCCCACCAUCCCCACCUUCAAGGUCUAAACCAGUCAGGUUUAGGCUUCACUGACUACUUUCCCUCCCGACCUCACCCUCACGCUGGUUUGCCCUUCUCCCCAGGACCCCAUGGCUUCCCAUCCCUCCCUCAUGGUUUCCCAGGUAUCUUCUCCCCAUCACUGUAUCCACGACCACCUUUAUUGCCGGCUAGUCCGUUGCUAAAGCAGUCAGGAGGCAGUCAGGAGGUGAAACUGCCUCGGAGUCCCCUAGAUGCCCCUCCACUGUCCCUGGUUAGCUCCACAAACAGCAAUGGAGGUUACAGUUUGAGUCAGCUGGAAGACAGAGAAAAAGAGAACAAACUAGAUUUGUCUUCUGGAGAAGCCAAGCCAAAAUCUAAGAUGGCAGACAUGUCUGACGCUAGUGACCUUGAAGACGUUAAUACCACAAGUGGGACAGAUUUGGACACCACCACUGGUACUGCUUCAGGUGAUGGUUCUGACCUGGAGAGCGAUGGAGAGAGUGAACGUGAGCGAAGUGGUAAAAGAAGGAAGCCGUCUGGGGCCAUAUCAAGUCAAGAAGGCCACCAGUUAGAAGACACGAACAGUGCAUUGAUAUCAGCCGUGUCUAGUUCUGGGAACUUUGCUAUUGAUCGUCCCUUUCUUUCUUCUGCAUCAUCCCAGCACUCUUUCUUCCCUCCGCCUGAUGAGCAAGCCCUCCCGCCCACCAACACAAAUGCCAAUGCAUCCACAGAUUCCAUCAAAGCCAUUGCCUCUAUUGCGGAGAAAUAUUUUGGUCCAGGUUUGAUUGGUCUCCAUCAGGAGAAGAAGAUGGGUCCAUUGCCCUACCAUUCCAUGUUUCCCUUUCAGUUUUUGCCCAACUUCCACAACUCCCUUUAUCCCUUCAGCGCUGAUCGAGGUGCCCUCAAUCCUAGCAUGUUCUUCAAGGCAGAGCCCAAGUCACCUCGCGAGCAGCUGCACAAGAUGGUUUCUGGUGCCCCAGGAGCUCCUGCUUCCACAGGGGAGUCCCCAUUUGAUCUCACCACAAAGUCCAAGGAGACCAAAUUAGCUCCUCCCACCCCAACAAACCCUUCAAACCCUAGUAGUACUGGGAGCAGUAGUGGACAUUUAACAAUAUCUAGCGGCGAAGAACAGCCAUUGGACCUCAGCAUUGGUGGCCGGAACCGUGGUGGUCAUAAUGGUGUGGCAGCUGAGCCACAAAAUAGAAAGAACCACAUCUUUGGCAUUGGAAAGGGGGUCUCCAUCAAGGACGAAACCCCAUCUGGGUUUCCACACGCCCAUUCCCAGUUGUUGCCCCAAUCCUCCAUUGCCCAGCACCAGCAGCCCCAGGCACAGCCACACCAGCCACCACCCCUUCACUACGCCAAGCCCUCAGCAUUCUUCAUGGACCCCAUAUACAGCAGGGUGGAGAAGAGGAAGCUACUCGACCCUGUAGGAGCUCUGAAGGAAAAAUUCCUCAGGCCCUCACCGCCACUCUUCCAUCCACAGAUGUCAGCCAUGGAGAACAUGACAGAGAAGCUGGAGAGCUUUGGCGCUCUUAAACUGGACGUGCCGCCCAAUUCGCUGCAACACGCUCAUCCACUGUUCAACUUCCGCUCACCACCACCUUCCCUCUCAGACGCCAUCCUCCGCAAGGGCAAGGAGCGUUACUCCUGCAGGUAUUGUGGGAAAAUAUUCCCUCGUUCUGCAAACCUCACCAGACACUUGCGGACACACACAGGGGAACAACCCUACAGGUGUAAAUACUGUGACCGCUCGUUCAGCAUCUCAUCCAAUCUUCAACGUCACGUCCGCAACAUCCAUAACAAGGAGAAACCCUUCAAGUGUCACCUGUGCAACCGCUGCUUCGGUCAGCAAACCAACCUCGACCGCCAUCUCAAGAAGCACGAGCAUGAGAACAUUCCUGUGAGCCAACAGUCCGGGAUGCUUUCCAACCUAGGAACCACCAUCUCCUCCCCAAACUCCGAGCCAGACAAUCAUGCACUUUUAGAUGAGAAGGAGGACUCAUACUUCUCAGAAAUCCGCAACUUCAUUUCCAACAGUGAGAUGAACCAGGCCUCCAGCUCCUCGGACAAGAGAUCAGACCAGGCUGAGGAGGAACGCCCACCCAGCCACAGUUUGUCCAACUCCAAGCUAAGGCUCCAGGGGCUGGAGGAGGAGGAAGAGGAAGUGGAGGGCGAUGAUGAGGAGGAGGAGGAAGGAAGCCUAACGGAGAAGUCUCACGACGAGGCGCCAGAGUCCCCAUCUCCUGUCACAACAGGAGUGUAUGAGGAGGAUGAGGAGGAGGAAGAGACAGAGACGGCUCCGUUAGCUAUGAGCUAUGAACACACUCGCAGGUGUAUAGAGGAGGAGGGCUCUCUCUUGGACCUGGAGGGUCUGCCCAGCUUUCCCAAGAGCCUGGAGGGCUUACGUAAAGCAGCCAGAGACGAGCAACCCUAUGAUGUUAAAGACCUAUUUAACACUUCACUAGAGUCGGAGGCAUUGAAAGAGACAUUGUACAGGCAGGCUAAAACCCAGGCUUAUGCAAUGAUGCUGUCUCUCUCGGAGAACAACCCUUUGCACGCGCCCUCCCAGAACUCUCUGGACGCUUGGCUGAGCAUGGGAGGUGGACCGUCUGAGACGAGCAGCUUUCACCCACUCAACCACAUCUAGACAAGAAAGAGAGAGAGAGGGGAGUGGGAGGAAGAGUAGGAGGAACAUUAGUUUCGCAAAUGGAUAGAAACAAGAGACUGAGUGGACAUGAGUAGUGAGAAACGUGGAGGCCAGAGAAGAAUUCAGUGUCACAUACAUUCAAGAUAGAAAGAAUAUGUUGGUGUGGAUAUGCGUGUUCAUUUGUGUGUGUGUGUGUGUGUGUGUGUGUGUGUGUGUGUGUGUGUGUGUGUGUGUGUGUGUGUGUGUGCGCGCAUGUGCGUGUGCGCGUGCGAGUGUGAAAGGAGGGAGAGAUUGUCCCUAGGUGAGGCGUCUCGCAAGACUCUGUCAAAAUGAAAGCACUGCUAAGCUCCUGUUGAUGUGAAGGACAUGAUGAAUGCUUCUCAACAGCAUUGAAACUCUGCAUUACUCUGAUCCUCCACAAGUCCACAAGGCCCACUCCAGCACCACAGAGACCCUAUGUAAGGCUCUCAUAAAGACACUUAAUGACUAGUACGUCUCUAAAGUCUGUGUACACCGCCUACUUCAAGCACUGCAGCAUCAGCACUGCAUUAGCACUGCAUGUCCACAAGGUGGUGUUGUUUCACCAGGAACAUAGUGGGCGCGUGCACUAUUGUCUCCAAGUUUUUCCCCACCAAUCACAGGUGACUCCUUUACUGAUCUUGUUUCAGUAUAACUGCAGAAUCAACAAUAGCACCACACUAAAUGUUACUUGAGGAAAUGACCGUACCAGUAGACUGUUGAUUUUUGAAUGAUUACAUGGAAAUGAUGUUCAAUGUUCAAAUGUGCACAGCAACUGGUGAUUUUGAUGAGCUAUCUGGGACACUAGCCAUUGUAAUUGGUUACCCAAUUUGAUCAUGCUGAAAAUGAAUUUAAAUCAUACUCGAAAAAUGAGGAACGUCUUUCUCUGCUUGUUUAUUUCAUUGUCAUUUGUUAAUUUUAUUUACUUUCUCUCCUAUUAGAUACCACAGUAUUGUUUUGUUGUAGGCACCACAGUGCUAAAUUGUUAAUAUAAUUAUUUUAGAGAAGGACCAAAAUUGUAUGAUAUUGUCAUAUGAUGUACAAAAUAACCUAGAUGUUCAUAGCAAGAGUGGUAUGUGCCAAAUAACCCAUAGAAAAUGUUUUGUUCUCUGACAAUCAUUUCAUUUCCAAGGGGCUUGCAUUUGCUGUCAUACUUUUUUCUUUUCUUAUUACGCUCUUAUAUAUUUGAUUUCAGAAGUGUGUGUGUGUAUGUAUUUAUUUUUGGUUGUUUUGUCAUGAAUGGAGGAGUGAAAAUGAAGGCAUGUCAUUUUAUUCCUCUUUUCUUGAUACUGAAGGAAUGAACACCUAUCAGAACGUGAGGGAGAUUCAGAAUCUCUGGUUUUGAUGCGUUAGUGUGCCAAAAUGGAAAGAACCCAUGAAAUUAAUUGUUUUUAUUUAUAGUGAAAAAUAGCUUUAGUUAGCUUUAGAUCCUAUUUGGCAUUGUAACAUACUGCAGUGUUUAGUUUUUUUUCUUAUUUCAGUCCAACCAUUUUACCCAGUAUGCUGAAUGUGUCUUGUUCAAGUAUUAAGUUGGGGGGGCAGACUUGGACAACUUUUACUGUAAAUGUCAGAAAAGGGCAUUACAUUGUUAUUAUUGAAUCUGACCAGUUUCUACCACAUCAAGCUCCCUUUCCCCUCUGUUUUUCAUUUGAUACAUGUAGUGUAAACAAUGAAUACCCUUUUUAAAUUAGUUACCUAUAUUACAUGGUCCAAAAGUCUAAAACAUACAGCCACGUCUGCAUGAACAUCUGGUCUUCAGAUUAUGCAAGAAAGAAGGCGAGGACUCAUAAAAGCCAAUAAAAGAGAGAGUAAACUAAACCCCAGAUAGUGUUAAAAUGGACCUCAUAAUUAUGCUGGUUGGUCCUUCUAACACAUGCAUACAAUGUUAAUUCUUGACAGAGAAAACAGAAAUACUUGAUCAUGAGUUUAACUUUAUAUUUCCUGUUCUUCUGAGAUCAUACUAAAAACUCAUUCCAUGUGGUCUACAAGGUAGCUGUGCCAUGGGGGGCAUGAGUCAUUAACUGUAGAUAACUGUAGAUAGCUGCAGGAGCAGGGGGGUGAGCAUUGUUGAUCAUUGUUGCCUUGGUCCUCCCUGCGUAUACUGGGACUCUCAGAGCUAGGCCUGAUGCUGUAUUUUCAAACUAGUACUUAAACCAUAUGGGUCCAAGCCAUAACAUGUUCAGGCUUAGGUCUCUAGAACAUAGGACACAGAUACAUUUUCAGACUAGUUUCACUUUCAGUAGAUGAGCAACUCGAGCUCGACAUGGAGAGAUAUGAAAAAUCUGAAACAGAAGCACUGUAAUUUUUAUUCAUGACAGCAGGUGGUAGUGUGAUGCUAGGACUGCUGCAUCAUCUCAUUUUUCUAAAGACAGACGUCUUUUUUUAUAAUUAUACUGAAUGAGAUUUCAUUCAUGGUAAACACAUUGUUUUCCCAAGUCGUGGUUAUAAAAUGUAAAGGCUUGGGUUGCUAAGUUUUUAGGUUGACUAUAUGUAGUAAUUCAUGUCAUGGACUACUGUAAUAAGUAAGCGCUGUGUAAAGCAAAGGAAUUGAAGGCAUUUAAGUAUUCCAUUUUGCCAACUUCAGAAAGUAUUCAGGCAGAUGGUCGCUGAAAUAUGUUUCAGCAUAAUAGAACAUGGUUGCUGUUUUCCCCCCACUGUUACAGGAGAAAGUAAAAAUAUACAUAUUGUUUCUUUUUAACUGUAUAGUAUUUUAAAGAAAGAAAAGCAAUGCUGCAUUUGUCUGAAGAAAACAAAUCAUUGAAAAAUAUGGGUUUAAAUGGAUGGUGCUUGUUUUGUUUGAAUCUGAGUUGUAUAUCGCCUCUGUUAUGUUUAUUGAAAACAAACAAACAAAAAAAGAUAUUGUGCAUGACGUGUUUAGCAGUCAUAAUGAUGUCCAUUUGUGAAAUGUGUAUCAAAUUAAAAAAUGAGAAAAAAAAGAAAAGAAAAAAAUGAAUCCGUAGAUGCACUUAUUGUACAUGUGGUUAGUCUGGUAGAUUUGACUUCAAGUUCUUGACUGCCUUACAGAUGUUGGGCAGCUGGCUCUGAAAGACAUUAGAAAAGACUUGUGGGAGAAGACAUAAUGAAAAACAAUAAAGGAUUGUAGAAUAAUAUUGAACAAUUCUGAAAAUUGCAGUUCUUUUGAUGCUUGUGAUUAUUGAAGAUGUACUUUAGAGAAAUUUCAUUGAAAAGAUAUGACUCUGAUGUUAAUUCUGUAGAAUAGCGAUGUAUACCAAAUGUAAUCUUUCCAAUGCUAUGAAGAAUUUAUACAUGAAAUUGAUAUGCAAUAAAACCUGUGUGCUUUUUAAA